UUCCCUUAUUUGUUUUUUAUUCGAGCGGCCCUCGGACUUCAGCAUGACAAGCCCUAGGGAUUCCAGGCUUCGGCUAUCUCCUGCCGUCCCUGGCUCGCUCCCAUGUGUUCCGAUGCCGAUAUCGAGCGGGUCCUGUGGACGGACGAGGAGAUCUCCGCCCGCGUCGCCGAGCUCGCCUCCCAGAUCUCUGACGACUUCAAGGGGUCUCCGGCCCCUGUAGUCGUCGUCGGGGUUGCCACGGGGGCCUUCAUCUUCAUCGCCGACAUCGUGAGGAAGAUUACCUUGCCCGUCGCCGUCGAUUUCAUCCGGGCCGAGUCGUAUGGGUCGGGGACGGAGUCCAGUGGCGUCCCCUGGAUCUCCAGCGACCUCAAGAUCGAUAUCAGCGGCAAACACGUGAUUUUGGUAUGUUCCCUUGGUGGAGAUCCCUGCAAUCUUUCUUAUUCUGUUUCUCUUUAUAGCAUCAAGUCAUGAUAUCAAUGAAUGAUCAACAAGAUAUGAUUAUUUUACUUAUAGAACCAGAAAGGUAGCUCAUUUGAAUUAUGGAACUGCUAGAUGAACAAUUUAUCCGAG